AUGUCGAGGUUCGCCACGCGCGCGUGUGCGUACGCCUGCUCCGUCGUCGUCGCCCCGAUCGUCGUCGCCCGCGCGUACAGCGAACGCGAAACAAACUCUUCGACAGUUGAAGUUGAAAACGAGCUCGCGCCGCGUGCGGCUGUGUCUCACGACGAGCGCUCGCGCACGCGAUGGCGUUACGAUUGGAAUCCCGUGAACGAGGAGGUGAAAGGUGGGGCGUCUAAACAGCCGACGCGCGUCGUCUGGUUGGUGCGGCACGGGCAAGCGGAGCCAGAAAACGGGGACGUCGAGGACGGCGCUCGUAGACUCACAUCGCUGGGCCUAGAACAAAGUAAAAGAACGGCGUUACGGCUUAAAAUGUUGAUUGAGAGUGGGUCGGUCGAUGGUGACUUUGCUGGAUCGACCCCAUCGGUGAUGAUACAUAGCUCCAUGACGCGGGCGAGAGAGACGGCGGAUGUCAUCGCAGAGUCAGCUUUUCCACACGUGAGGCGGGAAGUUUCACAUCUCAUUCGAGAGGGCGCACCUUGUCGACCCGAGCCAGACACGUGGAACCAAAAAGAGGAGGUGCAUCAAAGCGAAUCGCCGCGCAUAGAGGCAGGGUUUCGAUCGAUAUUUCAUCGCGCCGCCGCGGACCAACGAAAUCGACCAUCGGGCGAAGCCGCGGAGCCACCAUCCGUCGUGCACGAGAUCUUCGUAUGCCACGGUAACGUCAUCCGAUACUCCGUUCUACGAGCGCUUCAGCUUCCUCCCGACGCUUGGCUCCGAAUAGGUCUUUACAACGCGUCCAUCACGCGCGUCGACGUCCAUCCUAGCGGACGCGUCUCGCUUCGAUCGCUCGGCGACGCCGGGCAUCUCCCAACGGAAGCGCUGACGUGGAAUUGA